AUGGCUGAUUGCGUCGAAAUGUCGUUGUUAGAUAUUUUUCUAUUUUCCUCGCUGAUUGCAGCUUGUGAUCCGGUGUCAGUAAUAGCCGUCUUCGAGGAAAUGCACGUAAACGCCUUUCUUUUUGUGAAUGUCUUUGGUGAAGCGCUUUUUAACGAUGGGAUUUCUGUGGUCAUCUACAAUAUAUUUUUGGCCUUUCACGAGCUAGGACCCGAGAACUUUACGACGAUCGAUUACGUAGCUGGUGGAGUGUCAUUCUUUGUAGUGGCUGCUGGCGGAGUACUGCUUGGCCUAAUUUUUGCGAUAAUCGUCGCCUUUAUUACCAAGCAGUAUUUAGGUGUCAUCGUUCAAUGUGCAUUUUUGAAUUAUUGUUGCGGGAAAACCUUCUCCGUGGUCGAUCAAGUUGUACUGGCAUAUGGCGGAUUGCGUGGAGCUAUUGCUUUCGGCUUAACGGUCUCGAUGCCAGCCCUGCCCGCUAAAGAUCUUUUUGUAACUACCACAAUCGUGGUCAUCUACUUCACCGUCUUUUUGCAAGGUAGCACGAUGAAGACGCUCGUCCGCUGGCUGAAGGUGAAGACGGAUGAUGGAGAGGACUCAGGGAUGUUGGAGACCGCCUUCAAUAAAUCGCUCGACUACACCUUGUGCGGAAUCGAGAACAUUGCUGGAACAUCGGGCCACUACACAGCCUAUCAUAGAUUUGAACGUUUCCAUGCGAAGUAUAUCAGGCCCCUAUUGGUAAGAGGUGCAGACGAGCAUAAGAUUGAUGCUACAAAAAUUCCGCGAGCUCAUAUGAAAAUGGAGCUGUCAGAAGUGCUGGGAUCAAAAACCGUUCCCAAAACUGGCGAUGAGAAAUACAACUGCCUUACU